AUGCUGCGGAAGCAAAUCACGUGGGUUCCUCAGAUUGGUCGUGCCCUUUCACAUGCUGACGAGAUCGCCACGCAGGCCGAGACAUACGACCAAUGGAAAGCCGCCGCGACCGAGCUCGAUAUCCUAGAAGGAAACGAAGCCUGGAAAGAAGAGGACGACACUCCGGAAUACAAUGUGGAUCUGGUUGCUGCCCGGCUGAAAGAGCUGGAUGAUGCUCGCAUGAGUUGCGAUGUGAAGAGGAUGCUGUUUCUGAUCAGGACCACACUCACACGCGGACUGGGCGACAUGGGCGACCUGCGUCUGUACAAGCACUCGCAUAUUGGAACCAAGCGUCUGAUCGAGAGGUACAUCGAGUCGGCUCAGCAAACUAUGGCCGCUCUGCUGGACGUCUCGGAGAAGCAGGGAGAUCAGUGUCCUAUCGAGCCGCGGCGGCUGGUCGACCAACUGCUUCAAACACGCCAAUCAUUCGGUAGGAGCGCAUUGUUGCUCUCAGGCGGUGGAACCUUUGGGAUGAACCACAUCGGCGUCGUCAAGGGUCUCUGGGACGCUCGUCUUCUCCCACGCAUCAUAUCGGGAGCCUCUGCAGGAAGCAUCGUCAGUGCUGUUCUAUGCGCAAAGACUGAUGCAGAGAUCCCGGAGGUUAUGCACCAAUUUUGCUUUGGAGACUUGAACGUAUUUGAAAGCCCGGAUCACCCAGAAGGCAUGAUCAACAAAGCAAUGCGCUUGAUGAAGUCUGGAGCUCUUUUUGACAUUGCACAUCUCAUGAGAGUUAUGCGUGAUCUGCUUGGAGACUUGACCUUUCAAGAAGCAUACAACCGGACUCGACGUAUUUUGAACAUUCCUGUUUCAACUUCGUCGCUCUACGAACUGCCCAGACUCUUGAAUUACAUCACAGCACCGAACGUGAUGAUCUGGUCUGCAGUAUGCACCUCUUGCUCAGUUCCGCUCGUCUACAAGAAGGCAUCUCUGCUGGCCAAGGACCCGAAGACCGGCCUGGAAGUACCUUGGGAUCCAAACCCUGACGCGACAUGGAUCGAUGGCUCAGUAGACAACGACCUACCGAUGACCCGGUUAGCCGAGAUGUUCAACGUGAAUCACUUCAUUGUCUCGCAGGUCAACCCGCACGUUGUUCCCUUUCUGGCGAAAGAGGAGGAGAUUGUCGCUGCAGAAGCCCAAGACGCCGUCACUGGUCCCGGUUGGAUGAGUCUCUCAGCUAGUCUUUGCAAGGGUGAGGUAAUGCACCGCCUCCAACAGCUAGCGGAUACUGGAUUCCUCCCAAACCUUGUCACAAAAGGACGUUCGGUGCUCAGCCAGCGAUACUCAGGCGACAUCAACAUCUUCCCUAAGAUCAACUACGCGGACUUCCCUAGAGUCUUGAGCAACCCCACGCCCGAGUUCAUGGUCGGAUGCAUGCUCACUGGACAGCGAGCUACAUGGCCAAAGCUCUCGCGGAUACAAAAUCAUGUCGCCAUUGAGCUCGCGUUGGACGACACGAUCCAGAAGCUCAAGGGACGGCUCGUCUUUACACCACAGCAAGACAUCAAUAUCAGGCGGACCAGCUCUCAGGAUAACGAUCUCGCUCAAAGAAAGCGAGCGAAAUCGACGCAUAAGAUGACGCGCUUCGAGCUCAGGACGGAGCCUCCUAGCCCUGUGCUGCGGAAAUCUGCACCCACCAGUCCUCUCUUGUCUCGUGCAGCCUUGAGAGCGUCCUCACAACCGCUUUCCGUUGCGAAGCAAGCCCAAGGCGCAAACAAUGCAAGGCGCCAGUGGACCGAGACCAUCCAACUCGAUCCCAUGUCGUCCACGAACGACACGUCUGACCACGACUACUUUGCCGAUCCCGAGUCAGACACUACAGACAGGCUCUCUUCACCCUCGCCUUCUACAUCACCCACCUUCACCGGUCCCACCCUCUGGCCUUCAACUCCUCAAGCUACGAUGCAGGCUGCCCCACAGCCCACGCUACAGCCCACACCACAGCCAACUCAAAGUCCGCUCAGUCGUCGUACCAACACGCUGUUCAACCUCACCAUGACCUCGGCUGCAAGAUCCUCAAAUCCAAACGUACCAAGCUCACCAGAGCUGCGGUACAAGCGCCUAUUCCACCCGCCAGGGCCCGCUACUCCCGAUGUCAGUGUAGGUCCACCAAUUCUGGAUGUAGAGCCCAUCAACACCACACGUUCGCCGUCGGCCAGUAGGCCUGGUAGCCGGCGUGGUAGUGCAUCGGGUCUGCCAAUUGAUCCAUCGGGGACUCGCGGCAUGCUGCUGCGGAAGAAGAGUUACAUGUAG